ACCAUUGUGAAAUAUCUCUCAUUUUUAAUUUCUCAUUCACUUUGCUUCUUAAACUCUUAUAAUUUUAAUUUUGUCACAUCUUUAUAUUCUUUCUCCUCUCCUCUUCCUUUUAGAUUUUCUCAACUGUCUUUGCAUCAAAAUCACAAUGGCCCUUUUGACCACCAGAGGAACCUCCUCUUCCUCUUUCACCCAACGAUGCAAAUAUGAUGUGUUCUUGAGUUUUAGAGGAGAAGAUACCCGCAAUGGUUUUACUAGCCAUUUGAAUGGUAUUUUGCGUCAUAAUAGUAUUAACACUUUCAUGGAAGAUAAGCUUCAGAGAGGAGAAAAAAUUUCCGCUAAACUUCUUGAAGCUAUUGAAAGUUCAAAGAUUUCAAUAAUUGUAUUCUCUAAAAACUAUGCAUCCUCCACUUGGUGUUUGGACGAACUUGUCAAGAUUCUUGAGUGUAAGAAUAAUGGCCAAGUGGUGUUACCGGUUUUUUACAAGGUGGAUCCAUCAAAUGUACAUAACCAACAGGAAAAGUUUGGAGAAGCACUCGCAAAGUAUGAAAAAAAAUUCAAGGAUAAUAAAGAGAAGGUGCAGAGUUGGAGGGCAGCCCUAAAUGAAGCCAGCCAUAUAUCUAGUUGGCAUUACAAAAAUGAGUAUGUGUUUAAUCUCUACUUUGUUAUCACCAAUUAAUUUUAUUGCUAAACGACAACCCAAAAAAAACCCUUCUUGUU